AUGACCGCUUGCUACAUAGAUUCGAGGGACUACCACCCGGGUGAGGAUCCAAAGAACUUCACCUUUUGUGAUGCUUCUAAGCGCAUGCUUGUCGCCAAGGACCCUGUCACAGGCAAAGAGGUCUGGAUGGGUGUACACAUCAACAAGACUCCCGGCAAAGACGACUUCGAAUUGGAGCCCUCCUUCUACAGCUCUCCGAGCAGCGGCGAGCAGUCUCACAUAGUCGAGCCCAAGGCUAUCAAGAUCACCGAGGAUAAGACCACAGAGGGAGAACAGCCCAACGGCUCGGAGGUCAAGACCACCGACCCAGAGGCUCUCUUCUUCGACGUUGAGAAGGAAGCCUCCCUGGACGACUUGAAGGCCAUCGCAGCCAUGAUAGCCAGGGUACUCAAGUUCACAGUAAUACCUCCGCCAAGUGUUAUCUCCGACAUGAGGGAGUGGACUGCAGUCACCGGCUUUUCCAUCUGGGCUGCGCCUCUCUGGGAGAUGUGGCUGAUUGAUCACAACCAAAAGAUCCCUGAGCCGGCUGUUCGGGAUCCCAGCACAGCAGAAAAAGAGGCCAAGCCAACCAAGAACUAG